UCCCCCCAAAAGAGCGCACCCACGGUCUCCUCUGUUCUGCUCGCCACGCGCGCACGCCGCCGCCGGAGCUCUGCCCGCCGGCCGUCCUCUGCCCCGUGCCAACCUCUCUUCCGCGCGUCCCCGUCCCGCCCUGCCUUCUCCUCGACCCCAGCUCGCCCCCGUCGGCCAAGGAGAAGGCCAGCAGCGGCGGCGGCCCCCAGUCUAGGGAGGGAGGAUCCUCUCAGAGAAAAAUGGGGCAUUUUGGCUGCAGUAGACAAAACAUGGAGCAUUUUAUCAGUUAGCCAUGUUAAAGCGCUGGCCACUCCUUGUACAUUUUCUGCACCAAGAGGUCGUUGGAGCUCCUGCAGCAAGGUAAAUCCGGCAGCCGGACUCAGUGGGGAUCCAUGGCAUGGAUCUGGAUGCUCUCGGUGGCUGGAGCCGUCCUCCUGUGGGCGGUUUCCCUCGGGCGGAUCCUCUCCUCUCCGGCGCCCUACUCCCUGCCUCCAAGCCCUCGCUUCUUGCCCCCUCUCGGCGACAGGAGGAGCAGGAACGUGCUCCUGGUGCUCGCCCACCCCGAUGACGAGUCCAUGUUUUUCACUCCAACUAUUCUUUUCCUCAAGUCAAAAGGCCACAGCAUUCAUGUUUUGUGCAUGUCUCUGGGUAAUGCUGAUGGUCUCGGAGAUACUCGUAAAGAAGAACUGUAUGAUGCAUGUGCAACUCUUAAGAUUCCAGCUGAGCAAGUUUCAGUAUUGGACCAUCAAAAGUUGCAGGAUGGGUUUCAUCAGAAAUGGGAUCAUGGACUAUUAGCUGAACUUACCAUGGAGCAGAUUCAGCUGUGGGAUAUCGACACAAUUGUGACGUUCGAUUCCUAUGGAGUAUCAGGCCAUCCGAAUCAUCGUGAUGUUCAUCAUGGCAUAUGCAAACUUCUUCAUGAGAAUCAGCGAGGAAAUAUUGAAGCAUGGGAACUUGUAAGCCUGAAUAUGUUUCGCAAAUACAGUGGUGCAGUUGACAUUUGGCUGUCAUCUUUGAUCUCCUCAAGUUCAAAGCAACUGAUGUAUUGCUUAGUUAACUGUAGCCCAUCCAGAACCUUUGAGGCAAUGGCUGCACACAGAAGUCAGUGGGUUUGGUUCAGAAGAUUGUUUGUUAGGCUCUCAAGUUACACGUACGUAAACAUGCUCCGGAAAAUUUAGCAUUUGUUAUUGAGAAGUACCAUCUUGUCGAUAUAGAUUGUAUUACAAAAGCUUCCUAUGAUCAAGGACAACAGUUUACGGAUCAUAUCCUUUAUUGCAUAACGAGAGUAUUGUAUACAAGCCAUUGUGUUAGUGCAAUGAUACUGAUACUUUUAACCUCAAGUGAUAGUUCUUGCUAAAAGU